AAAUGCAUACAGUUUGUAUUUCUUUUCAUUUGGAAAUAAUAGGUAUUUUAUUUUUUAUAGUUGUCAACAUAUGCAUUCAAUCUGGCCAAAACAAACAACAAAUUAAAUCGAAAGAAAAUCCGGGCAGUUUUAAUGGCCUAGCUUCGAUCAUCAACUAUUGGUACAAUGCCCUAGUGGGGGUCCAGGGGGCGAAGCUCUCGGGUUCCAACUUCGACUGAAUACCUUAGGGGCCAAGUGGGCCCCUGAAUAAGAAAUCCCGUUAGCCCACAUGAAAUUUUAGUAGCCCACACAUAUCAUGAAAUUGAAUAACAUGGUUUUAUUUUACAAGAAAAAAGAAACAUCAGGUCACAUUGCAAUUUAUUUAAAAAAUUAGAAUAUCAAUAUUUAAAUUCUGUUUCCUUCUCCGUAAUUCUUUCAAAUACCUCUCUCAUUUCCACUCUCAUUUCGUCAACCUAGCAACUUUACGAUCUUCGCGGCGUCUGACUUUAACACACGUUUCUUCAGACUUUUUAUGUUAUUUCAAAAUUUCUCAGCUUUACGAUGCUGUCAAGUUUAUAACUUGGGCAAGCUGUCACAACGAUUGGAUCUUUCGUGUCAUGUUUUGUACACACAGUACGUCAUCCCCUUUUUGCCGUGAUCGAGCCAUAUUCUCCCCUUCUUUCCAUUUUGGUUAAAAGCAGACGCUUUCUUUUCGUUUGAAGUAACCCUUGCGUUGUUCAACUUCUAGUUUAAAUACAUUUUGGAAGGUUUGAUACCCCAGGAAUCAUGAAUGGCAUGCCAAGUGGCAAAACCUCAACUGGAAAUUGAACUUCAAUUAUAAUAGGACUCGGAUCGGUCGGAAAGAAAAAUGUUGAUCGGACAAUUACGGUCGCCAAGUGGGCGACGAGAGCAAAAGUUUUGGGUGCCCACAAGCAAAGUUUAGUCGCCAAUGCGAGUGGGCGAGCGGUAAUUUGGAACCCUGUGUUUAUAAAUUAUCUCAACACCAACGCUGAGUAUGGCGUCUCAGUGUACUGUUUGCAUCAAAUGUGUUAUGUUUCCUGCGUUCAAUGAAAAAGCGGAUCAAAUAAUGUUUUGAUUGAGGCCUCGAGCUCUGUCUUCACAUGUUAGGUGCCACACAGCACAGUUAAGUCGGUCAAUGGAAAUUCGCCAUAAACAUGCAAUUGAAAAACAUCAUUUAUUAGGACGGAUGGAUUUUUUUUUUAACUUUACUGAUAUUGAUAGGUUGUACUUGCUAACAAGAUCAUUAUAACGACCAUCGGAUUUCCAACUGAGACUUGACAACCCUGGAACGUCGUCAACUUAUCGAUCUGCCAUUAGCCCACAUGGAUCUGUCCCGAAAUAUUUACAUUUUAUCUAGUGAUCCUUCUGUAAAUGAAAUAUCGAAAGGGAGGAAUCUCCAAACAGAGGAUUUUUAAGGAACCGAUUUUCUAAUUUCCGGACGAUUCUCGUAGCUGGCCGUGUAACUCCAUAUGGUCAGGAAAUAUAUACAAUUUCAAUGUUUUGUGGUCAAAUUGUAAUAAAUGUGUAUUGUUUAUCAGAAGACGAGUUUCUUUUCUCUCUGUUUGAACCUAGCGACAAAUUGUUCCAUGUUCUAAAUCAUGGCGAAUUUACUUCUGCACUCCAAGGUAGCAGGAGAUAAUUUCGCACUAUAGGUCCGAUUUCUUUAAAAACGGAAAUAACCCAAAUUUUAGGUGAUACUAUGUAUGCAAAAAAUGUGUAAAUAAUUUUAGGAUACAUGUCAAUUGUAGCUGAGUGCUAAAUGAAAAAGCUGACAGGCAACAUGUAGGUGUCACCAUUAUUUCUAGCAUAUAGAUGGUUGGAAAUACGAAACGAAGACAAGGGGUCAGUUGCUAAAAAAAUCAGUUAAAAAUCUACAUGCUCCAGGAAAAGGUCUGUAACUGACUGGAAAGGUAGAUGGCCCCUGAUGAAAGGUAAAUUUUUAUGAGAGUAGGCAGAGUUCUUGAUUGUGCACAGUGUCAAAAUCUCUUGUACUAUAACGGGGUUUGGGUGAUGCGGAUUAAUUUAGUCCAAAUGAGAGAAAAUCGAAGCGAGAAAGGGGCACCUGCUUAGAGCAUGUUUUGUGCACCAGUAUGUAUGGAUGACAGGUAAUUUAGAGUCAUGAUUUAUUAACUACACCAAUAUUAAAUGUACAUGUACGUAUUGAUAUAAAAGGGGAAUAUGAUUUAUCAUUAGUGCGUCAAACACUGCUUUUGAUGUAUACCACCUACCCACACGUUUCAGAACCAAAACGGAAAAAAUAACUCCAAAUCACCUACUUGGUAAAUAUCUUUAGAUAAGUCGAAAAUAGAAUACAGGAAGAGGAGGGAAUAUCAAACUUAACAGUUAUCAAGACAAAUGCGAAAUAAAUGAUUUCUUGGUACGUACCGGUCGCGGUAGCUCUGUGGUAGAGAGUUCUCUUUGUAACCGGGAGGUCAUGAGUUCCAGCCAUGGCCAUGUCUAUUGCGCCUUCGCCAAACACUCAGCAAAUCACAGGUCUUUCGGAUAUGACCUUAAAACGGAGGUCCCGUAUUGCAGCAGGUGUUGGUACAUGUAGGUUACCUUGAAGCAUAUAGGUCUAAAUUUUGUAGUACUUAACAUACAGUUAGUGAGAGAAUUAGUCGCCUUUCAAUUUAAUUGGCAUCCCAUGGGGAUCCGAGUUAGCAUAGGUCCUCAGUACCCUUCGUUUGUCGUAAAAGGCGACUAUAUGGGGCGGUCUUUCGAAUGAGACCGAGGUCCCAUGUCAUGGCAGGUGUGGCACAAUAAAUAUUCCUUCCUUUUCCAAGGCCUUCAGCGUCAAGCAUAGAACUGAGUUUUGUAGCCCUUCACCGGCAAUGGUGACGUCUCCAUGAAAGGUGAAGAUAACGAACAGUGAUCAAUCUCAUAACUCCUAUAAGCAAUACAAAAUAGAUAGUUGGGCAAACACGGACCCCUGGAGAUACCAGAGGUGGGAUAAGGUGCCGAGGAGGAGUAAGCAUCCCCUGUCAAUCGGUCACACCUGCCGUGAGCCCUAUAUCCUGAUCAGGUAAACGGAGUUAUCCAUAAUCAAAAUCAGUGUGCCAAGAACGGUCUAACAAUCGGUAUGAAAUACAUCAGACAGCAUUUGAAUAAAUUUGAUAAGAGGAGCAGCAGGAACGACAACUCUGGGUAAAUAAUGACCUGAAAAUCCGUAUCAACUCCUUUAAAAUAAAUCAAUCUGCUAAGAGAGGGAUUGGGGUCAUUUUUCUACGGGGGUCAUUAUUUUUCAGGUAUGACACGCAAAAUAAUGACCCCUGGGUCUUCUUUCUACAAAAUUAUCCAAUUUUUCUACGGCUAAGGGGUCAUUUUCGACGUCGAAAAAUGACCCCCGGUCAUUAUUCUAUGGGAGUCAAAAUUUGCCUCUACAUCUGCUUAACCUGUCGACAGGGGAUGUUUACUCCUCCUAGGCACCCGGUCAUACCUCUGGUAUAUAUCCAGCGCUUCGUGGUUGUCCAACACUCCAUUUUGUAUUCCUUACAGAAGUUAUGAGAUUGAUCACAGUUCGUUAUCUUCAUAUUCCCUUACAGGAUAGACUGUUUUUACUUCAAGUUAAUUUCGACGUCUUGCAAAUACUGGUCGUUAUAUAAUGAUCUAGUUUGUAAAUACAAUCUGUGAUUUGGUCAGAUGUGUUUCAUAGUAAUCUGUUCUUAAACAUACUGAUUUUGACUGCAGAUUAUCUCGUCUACCUUAUCAAGAUGAUAGGGCUUAAGGCGGGUGUGUCCGUUUAACAGGGAAUGCAUACUCCUCGGCGCCUAAUCCCAUUAUCUUGUGUUUCCAGCGGUCCAUGCUUGUCUUCCUUUUGAUUGCGAUUGCUUUUACAGUUUAUGCUUUGUCAUCUUCAUCUUUUGAUAUUGAACAGAUCAUGAGUUUCUCGACGUCAGUCAUGGUGGCUGCCAUUGAUUUAGGUACAGUGCUCUCUGGAUACGCAUUUUCAUUUCGAUAUGAAUUCGAGAAGGAUCCAUUAAAGAUCAUGACCUCCAACUGGAUUGGUGGGUCUCCGAGCCUGCCUUAUAUUAAAACACCGUCUGUUGUUCUGCUGAAGCCAAACAAAACUUUCCAUGCUUUUGGAUGCGAAGCAGAAAACAAAUAUGCCUCGCUUGUAGAAGACAAUGAGCACGAGGGAUGGCUCUACUUCAAACGCUUCAAGAUGACUCUCCAUCAAAAUAAAAGUCUAAAACGAACUACGACAAUAAAAGAUGUGAAUGGUGAGGAGAUGCCAGCCAUGACAAUAUUUACGAUGGCCAUCAAAUAUUUUAAGGAUCAUCUGAUGGGAACAUUGAAAAGUCGUGUGGUUAAUAUUACAGAAGACGUCAUUCUUUGGGUACUGACUGUUCCCGCCAUUUGGGACGAUGGCGCCAAACAAUUCAUGAGGGAGGCAGCAGCAGAGGCUGGUAUUCUGAGAGAACAAUUGUUGUUGGUUUCGGAGCCAGAAGCAGCGAUCUUUUACUACAGUCACUUCCCCAUGGAAACUAACUUCUUCGAACCUGGGACGAAAUAUAUGGUGUUGGAUUUGGGAGGAACUUGUGACACCACAGUCGUUGAAGUGCAGUCGAACCAGAGUCUUCGGGAGCUCCAUCAUGUCACCGAUUUUGCGUUGGCAGGGACCAAAGUAGACGAUGCAUUUUAUCAGUUCUUGGCAAAGCUCUUUGGAAAUGAUGUCCUGUCAACGUUGAAGGAUGAAAACAUGGAUGAUUAUAUUGCCAUUUUCCGUGAGUUUGAACUGAAGAAACUCACUUUCAAACCAGAGUCAGAAACAAAAGUAACCAUAAUAUUACCAUUUCGUCUGCUGGAGAUAUUUGAGGAGCAAACAGAAGAAACACUGAUAGAGGUACUGCAACAGACAAGGUACGCAGAGACAGUGCAGUUCAUUGGAGACAGGCUUCGAAUACGUCCAGAAAUUUUCAAAGAAUUUUUCAGUCAUACACUGCAAGGAAUCAUUCAACAUAUCACAGAAAUCAUGCAGUCCUUUCAAGGGGAGUCUGUAUCGAAAAUUCUUCUCGUAGGCGAUUUUUCUAAUUCGCCAAUGGUGUUGAAUGCAAUAAAGGAAUCAUUUCCUAAUAAGACAGUUACCACGCCUGCCGAUCCAGGGUUAGUAGUCCUGAAAGGAGCUGUGUUAUUUGGCCAAACCCCACGUACUGUUUCGUGUAGAUUUAUUCGCACUUCAACUGCUGUUUCAUCGGGAAUUGGAAUGUAAAUAAAUGUGCCAUUUGUUAAAUGGUUGCUUGUAAAUUAAUACGCCCUGAAACUGAUGUUUAUUCUCAUAUUUAUGGUAUCUUGUGUUUUCAUGUUUUAUGUGUACAAUCAGAAUAGGUACAGCUACAGACUGUUUACAUGUGAUAACGCCUUUUACAUGUAUAUCAUUGCUUUUUAAUGUUUUAUUUAUGUGUAUAACAUUCCCUUGUAAGGUAUAUAUGCAUUGUAAAGCACCUUUGAGCGUACAUAGUGUAUGAAAAGGCUGCUAUAUAAAUAUGGUAUUAUUAUUAUUAUUUACAACACUCAAUUUGAUUCAUAGUUGAUUCAAUGAAAGUGAUCAAUCUCAUAACUCCUAUAAGCAAUACAAAAUAGAGAGUUGGGUAAACACGGACCCCUGGACACACCAGAGGAUAUAUUCCAGUGAGCUCGAAAUAAAGGACACCGUAAAGACUUCCACAUCUGCUUCAUAUUUGGAUACAUGUAUUUUAUUGAACGUAGAUGUUAACGGCAAACUAACAACUCAACUUUUAGUUGUUUCUCCAUCGUCAAGUUUUCAAAUUUAUGUAGCAAUAUUUCACAAUCACCUGUAUAUGGUUUUUAUGUUUCUCAACUGAUUCUCAAAAACUGAUUCUCAAAAACUGAUUCUCAACAGAUUCGAUACGAAAGAGUUUGUUCUGCUUAUGGUCAGUUUUUGAAGCGAGACAGGUUACUUACAAAGAAAUUAAUGUUACAGGGGUUUCAACAGUCUCGUUUAAAGUCAGCAUUUAACAAAAUAUCUGGUUGUUAUAACGAUCUAAUUUACAAAUAUAACCUGUCAUAUUAGGUCGAAUGCUGUCUGACGUAUUUCAUACAAAUUGCUAGGCGACUCUUUACAUACUAAUUUUGACUACGGAUUACUCCAUUUAUCUAAUCAGGAUAAAGGACUCAUGGCGGGUGUGAUCGGUCGACAGGGGAUGCUAACUCUUCCUAGGCACCUGGCCCCACCUCUGGUGUGUCUAUGAGUCCGUUUUUGCAAAAUUCUUAAUUUUCUUUGUAAGGGGUCUUUGUUUGCCAUACUCUUGCUUUUGUAUUCUUUAUAGAAAUUAUGAGAUUAGUUACUGUUCUUUAUUUUCACCUAUUCAUGUUUGAAUUAGUUUUAGCAUUGCUUAUUCUCGUUCUCAACUUUCAAUGUUUUAAUCGCUUACAAUUUGAACCUAAAAUGUAUUAAUUGCGAUACUGAAAUCGACCUUCAAAUUAAAAGUUUCCCCUAUAUUUUAACACCGAUUUUGGCAUGAAUUUUGGCUUUAAAUUUCUUCAGGACAGGCCUCGUACCUAAAUGAAAUAAUAAUAUUUUGAUUGGUUGCAAUCUUGCCCUGCAUGGAGUCGAUUUUAACACCAAAAGAAACUGUCAAUGUAACUCAGUAAGCUACACUAGGCCGCUGUCCGAGUUUGAGAAAUGUUGUUUUGAAAUAUAGAAGCCGAGGCGUUAUAUUUUAUUCAGCAUUUCGAGACCAAGGAGGUUAUCCUGCAACAUACACGAAAACAAGAACUUUAUUUCUAUUCUAUUCUAUUCUAUUCUAGCUCGGAAAUAUAUUACAGCCGAUCGUUUUCCUAUAUAGCUACGAAUUUGGUCACCGUGACAUCAUGACAGUUUCCAAAACGGCCUUAUACAUUGGUUUUUGUUAACGAAAAAGGUGAGAUGAUAGGAGAAUUCUAAAUUUAUUUUGAAAAAAGUAUUUCACGUAUUUAGUUGGAUGAAGAUGGAUUAUAUCAAUUGCUUUGAACACACAGUUUAAGAAAAACUUGUCUGUGCAUCCACAUGUUUACAUGAAUUGUGUAUCGCUCUCGGAAUGCAAACGAUUGAUUUACUGAAUGACAAAUGUUUUCAGUCAUUCAUGAAUUUGUUUUGCCAGUUAUAUUGAUGUGAUUUUUAGGAUUUCCCAUAUUUAUGUAGCAAUAUCCCAUUAUCACCUGCAUAUGGUGUUUAUAUCUCUCAACUGAUUCGAUACGCAAGACUGAGCUUGUUCUGCGUAUUGUCAGUUUUUAAAUUGAGGCAAGCUACUGACAAACAAGUUGAUGGUGCAGGGGUUUCAACAAUCUCGUUUAAAGUCAGCAUUUUGCAAAUGCAAAGGUCAUUAUAACGAUCCAGUUUGCCAAUACAACUUAUCAUUGGGUCAAAUGCCAUCUGACGUGUUUCAUACCGAUUGUUAGGCCGUUCUUGGCACACUGAUUUUGACUACGGAUAACUCCGUUUACCUGAUCAAGAUAGGGCUCACGGCGGGUGUGACCAGUCGACAGGGGAUGCUUACUUCUCCUAGGCACCUGAUCCCACCUCUGGUAUAUCCAGGGGUCCGCGUUUGCACAACUCUCUAUUUUGUUUUGCUAUAGGAGAUAUGAGAUUGAUCGCUGUUCGUUAUCUUCGCUUUCAUUAUGAAAUUGAAUUAUCAGUUAUCGACUUCAUUGUUGCAUUAGUAAAGUACGAAGUGCAAGCGAGAUGAGUAUCGAUUAUCUCAUAAUUACUUAUUAUGUAUGAAGGUAUAUCACAGAAUAAUGACCGCGGUAUUCCUUUGAUCUUUGCAAUAACCGUGAUAGAAUAAACGUUCCCUCAUACAUCCAUGUACUUACUAUGGGCAUCAUAACUCAUUACAUUUGUUGGCCUUAAAUCAUAAUUUAGAAUAAAUAUGGAUGAGGUUUUUGUAACUAUUAAAACCAAAUCCGGACCAAUUGUUUAGUACUUCUGUUACCUUGAAUAGAUCUUUUCAAAAAUUCACUAGAAACUCACCAGCCUCAAGUGGUAUUAUAUGGAAAUACUUUUGUAACCAAAUCCUGUUUUAUAAAGUCUAUGAUACGAAAACUUUGGUGAAUUGUGUAUUUGAUUUUUCCAUUCAUCAAUAAACUGUUCUGUAUA